GUCAGCUGAAGCCGCAAUUGGCAAAACAGCCAUUUCCAACCUCUUGCAGCAAGCAACCACGAGAGAGCAACAAAAGCGAUGAUGAUGACGGCGGCUUGUUCCAGCGCAGCAGCAGCGGCACGCGUGCAGCAGGUGCUGCUACUGCAGCGAUCGGUGGCAGGGGCCAGCCACGUCGGCGCAAGGACCACGGUGUCGUCCCUGCUUCGUGCAUCGGUGGCAACCUCCGCCAUGACACAGACGCGGUUCUCGUCCUCCUCUUCCUCCUCUUCUCCUCCAUCAUCUUCCACAAACACAAAACGAGUCAUCCCAGAGGACGGCCCAGGUCUGGAUGACUUUAUCUCCAACUUGCCUCCCCCACCAGCAGCACAAGCUAGCAAGCCUCUCAAGAAAAAGCAGCGACUGCGCCUGCCAGAGUGGGCCAAGACCAAGAUUCCGCUUGGCGCAAACUACCACCGCAUCAAGUCGAACCUCAGAGAUCUCAACCUGCACACAGUGUGCGAGGAGGCGCGAUGCCCCAACAUCGGCGAGUGCUGGGGUGGCAAGGAGGGCACAGCCACCGCUACAAUCAUGCUGAUGGGCGACACGUGCACACGCGGGUGCCGGUUCUGCUCGAUCAAGACGAGCAACGCCCCUCCGCCCGUGGACCAGGACGAGCCCAUCAACACCGCCGCCGCCAUCGCAAAGUGGGGGCUCGACUACGUCGUCCUCACAUCCGUCGACCGCGACGACAUGCCCGAUGGCGGUGCGGACCACUUUGCGCGAACUGUUGAAGAACUCAAGCGCCUCAACCCGGCCAUCCUGGUUGAGUGUCUGACGCCGGACUUCUCUGGCUCGGUGCCGUCCAUCGAGCGCAUUGCCACCUCGGGGCUCGACGUCUUUGCCCACAACAUGGAGACCGUCGAACGCCUCACCCCACGCGUGCGUGAUCGCCGCGCCAAGUACGACCAGUCCCUCUUCGUUCUGCAGAAGGAAUGGCUGAGCGGCUACUCGCUUGCAGAGCGCAAGAAGUUCUGGGUGGAGCUGCUGCUGGAGGUGCCGCAAGAAACUGGGUUCAUCAUCACUGUGGCACAUCGUGUGCAGAACAUUCAUGCUGCGCUGAUGGGCUCCGACAACGACGAUGACAACGACACUGGCAUUGACGCAGCACGUACAGGACACAGCAAGGCGAAGCAUGCCACGACAGCAGAGCAGCAGGAGCACGCAGACCUAACACAGCCCUUUGCACAGGCUGCAGCCGAGAUUAACAGGUUGAACAGCGAUCGCGCCAAACAACAACGAUGGGAAACGCAACGUGAUCUAGCACUACAGCACAUCACCGCCAUCACAGACUCGCUCAACUCAUUAUCACGUGAGUUUGCCAUGAACUACACCGUCUCCGAGCGUGUCAAGGCGCCGCCAACGAACCUGGUGAUGGUGUCAUCUGCUGUGCCGGGAUAUCAGCUGCUUGCCGCCGCUUGUAACGAGACAACCACAUGCAUCGCUUAUGACGCAACAGGUACGCCGUCGCAGCUGCUGUCUCGCGUCGUCGCCGUCUUGAAGCAGCGACCCGUCCACCACGCAGCGCUCGUCUGUCAGGGCCGCCCAGGCAUCAUCCACCUCACGCGCGAUGUGGAGACGAAAGUUGCGUCCGUGGCGGAGAGCAAAGUGGUCGUUGAGUUUUGGCGCCGGCUCGGCCUCCUCCUCCAGCCGUCAUCACACCACCACCAUGCACAUGCACACGACAGCCACGGCCACACGCGUGCGCCGCGGGCCACGCUGCACGUCUUCUCUCCACUGCUUACGGAUUCAGCGGAGGGCGGGAAGCUGAUCAAGCUGCUUGCGCGCCAGGCCAACAUCGCCCUCGUGCCCUGCAACGACCUCACCGUGGCGUUUGAGGGGGACCUGCGCCCCCCGCCACCCACGGGCUGUGACGAGGCGUUUCGUGCGGAGCGCCAGGCCGCGCUGAGAACCAUUGUGGACCAGCAACUGCAGCUGCUGAUUGCAGAGUGCACGGGGUUCACAACAUCGGCGGGGAUCAUGGCGUGCAUGUCUGAGCUGCGGCACUGGUUCGCGACACAGUGGGAGGACGUGCGGCGUGCUGCUGUUGCGUUUCCCUUGCACAGUGAAGUCGAGGGCGAAGACGACACGCACGUGAGCGCACAAUCACACCAGCAGCACCCGUUGCAGCUCCUGCCGCUGUCAGACAUGGACACGUCGCACCCUCCAGACUUCAAGACUUCGCACGUGCUGUCGUCGCUUGGCGGGUGGCUGCUGGAGCGCUCGCAAGUGUACGGAUCGCAACACGCAGAGAACGCACUGCGGAACGAGGAGGUGGCGGCGGUGCGAUUGCAGGAGUUGGACGAAUUGGAACAGCACCUGUCGACGCUGCAUGCUGUUCAGCAGGGCCUGGUGGCUUCGCUGGUUGCACUGGACGGGGCAAAGGCGCCGAGCUCCACAAACGCCAGUGGUGGUGGUGGUGGUGGUGGUGGUGGUGUGAACAGGAAGGGGACGAAGACAAAGACGAAGAGCACCAAGAAGCCGCGGCGAGGACACAUGUCGCUCAUGCGGCGCGCUGACCGUGACGAGGAUGAUGAUGACGAGGAUGAUGAUGAUGACGAUGAUGAUGAUGAUGACGAUGAUGAUGAUGACAGUGAUGACGGCAGCGACGACGAAAACGAUAGAGAGAGCGGUAGCAGCAGCGAUACGACGGAUGAAGAUGAAGCCCGGGCCACUGUGGAGGAUGUGCACACAAGCACGAAGGAGCUGGAGAGGAAGCUUCGGCGAGCUGCAGAUAAACAGCAGCAAUGGCGACAGCAAAUGCUGAAGCGGCAGCUGAGCGAGCACCAGGAGAUGGCGGUGCGGAACACACAGGCGCAAGAGGGCAGUGGCAAGCGCGGAGGGGACGCCAACCACGAUGCCGCAGGUGGUGACGGCGGCGAUGGUGGCGAUGGUGCUGGCGCGUUUGCAGCGUUUAUGGAGGACUGGCUGCGGAGUGAAGAUGCGUUCGUGCACGUGCUGACCGCGUGUGAGCGCGUGGAUGUGUCGACAUUGGAGGCGCUGACGCGGGUGCGGCGACCGAGCGAGCACCGGCGUGGGCGGCGGCGGUGGAUGCGUGGCCACUCGCGGGGCGACGACGACAACGACGCCGAUGAUGGCGAUGGUGGUGAUGGUGGUGGCAAUGAUGGCGGAAGGGUGGGACGAAGACGAGGAGGGACAGGGACCAGGAAAGACAGGUUGCACCGCAGCGACGCGCGUGGCCGUGAUGGCAACGCGGGAGCAGAUGCGCGGAUGGCGCUGGACGUGCACACGGCGAGCACCAUCUUUGGUCUGCAGCAGGAGGCCAUGGAGGCGGCAGACACAUACUAUCGACGGCUGCGGUCGUGUGCGCGCCCGCUCACCCGCUUGGCCGCCGCGAUUCACACCAUUCAGCAUGCAGAGGCGCCGGCUGUGCUGCAGCUCGUGUACCGGUGCCAGCCGCUCCUGCUGCAGGUGUGCAGUGCCGCGGCCGCAUAUGCACGGGCAGUGGCGGUGAUGGCCGACAACCUGCACCUCGCAGACGGCGCGUGGAACGAUGAGGUGGGCGGCAACGCGCACCUUGUGAGCGCGUGGUCGCGGGUGCUGGUGCAGCGGCCCGUGCUGGCGCCGUCGUUUGCACAGGUGCGGCAUCUCCUCGUUGCGCGGUUGAAGCGCAUGCAGCUGUGCUUCUCGCGGCUGUGCUACCGCCUGCACCACUUGGAGGGCAGCGUGUUUGCGCUUCUCAAACUCGCUGGCGGGGACAGUGAUGCGGAGAAGGCGUGGGUGUCGUGCUCGUCGCUGCUGGUGGAGAUGCUCGCGCUCGCACGCAGCACAACAGCGGAGAUCACGCGUAGGCGGGCAGCGGCAAGCAAGGUGCUGGUGGCGCGGCUGUGCGAGGCUGCCAGGGCACAGGGUGGGGCUCUUCGGCUUGCGGCUGCCGGCAGCAAGGGCAGGGACGUGCACACGCGACUGGCUCAGCUGCAGCAAGCGGCGGACCGCACUGCAGCCAUCACUGCUGGCGGCGAUGGCGGCGAUGGCGGCGAUGGCGGCGAUGGGGUGGUGUUUGUGUGGUGUGUUGGGUUGCGGGUGGAUGAGGAGACGGGGCGUGAGCAAGGGCCGGCGUAUCUUGCGUCAUGCUUUGAGCGCGCGCAGCACCUCGUACCUGUGACCGUCACUGUAGAAGCGCUGCAACCACUGGAGGCUGGCGAUGGUGGCGGUGGUGGCGAUGGGGAAGCAGAGGAUGGUGCUUUUGAUGGCGCGGGUGAUGUCGUGGUGCUACCACAGGUGCCGACGCUGUAUGGGUCGUGCAUUGUGCAUGCGCCUCGCCCGGAGGCUGGCCUGAGACUGCGCGGGCACGUGUUGCAUGACGCUUUCAUCACUGAUGCGGGGGUGCAUGUGCUUCGGUUGCGUGAGCACGCGGAACUGGGUGAUUCUGCGGUGCUGCUGUCUCCGUCUGCCAUUGCCGUGCAACAGCUCAUGUACCAGCUUGACCAGCACAACGCCCGCCGCCGCUGA